GUCCGCCAACACAGGUAUGGACACCGACGAAGUAAAACCGUCCAGUGUUGUUGUUUCCGCUCCCCCCGCCCAGUCCCAGUCGCGCCAUAUGGACGAGGACGACGGCUAUGGUCUCCUUGCCGCCAUUAUCAUCGUUGGGAUCUUCUGGAUAUUGGGGGCUCACCUUGCGUUGUAUGGGUUGCGCAAUCGGCGGCUGUCUAUCUUUCUCUCGUCCCUACUCCUAUUUAGCACGUUGUACUUUGCUCAAGUCAGCUUUGGCGUGGUGGUAGCUGCGAUUGUGCUCUCAUUUUUGCUGGCGUUCGUCCCGCAGUUGUACAAAAUCGGCCUCGUUUUCGUGGGUAUAGCUGGUGGGUCAUCCGCCGUCGCGGUCGUGGCGGUAGUCGCGCUGUCCGUCUCAUUGGAUGAUGUUGAUGGCAUUACCCUCGUUUGUGUUGAAGCCGUAGCUGCGCUCGGAUGUGGCUGGUGUGCGUUAAAAUAGGGCGACUCGUGCUUCAUCCUUGCGACAGCGUCCACAGGGGGCUUUCUUGUCAGCACGACGACGGGAUUCUGGCGCUGGUCCGCAUUUAUAUCUGGAUCCCAUAUCUCGUGGUGGUGGCGAUAUAUCUAGUUUGCGUGUGUGGGGGUCGAUUUUAUCAAGUACGACAACUGAAGCAACGAAGGGGGGUGUUGACGCCCUCGAACCCCCCCAAGGCUGU